UCACUGAAUCGACAUCAACAGUGUUGCCUUGAAGCUGUCUUGUUGGUUUCUUCGUACACUCAUACAAAAUUAAUAAGGGCCUUCAGAUUCAACUUGUGCACAAGAGGUUAGUCAUGAUCUGCUGCCAUGCCUUGGAUCAGGAGUGAGCGGACUCUGGCCUGAACACAGGAUGCCUUCCAGCUCCCAAACGAUGGUCGGUGUGAUGCCUCUCCUGCCUCUGCUCUUCGUCACGGUGCUGAGCUUCAAGCUGUGCCCCAACCACUGCCUGUGCUACGAGUCGUCUGACCUGGUGGACUGCCGGUCUCGUCAGCUGGCACACAUCCCUCACUCUGUUCCCCAUGGCACCUGGCUGCUGGACCUGAGUGGGAACGAGCUGACGGAGGUACGCAGCGGGUCCUUUAUUGGGCUUUGGUCACUCAGGAUCCUCCUCCUGUCCAACAACAGCAUCCAGACUCUGCAGCCACAGGCACUGUCAUCUCUACAAUUUCUGGAGCGGCUGGACCUGAGUUUUAACCGGCUGCGCUGGCUCCCUAAGGAUUUCUCUGAAAGCCUGUCCUCCCUCCAAGAGCUGCGGCUAGACCACAACCUGCUGCAGCAUGUGGACUCCCCGUCGCUGAACCACUUUGAAAACCUCAGGAAACUGGACCUCAGCUACAACCGGAUUUAUGCGAUGGAGUUCAAGGUGCUCAUCAGCCUCUCUCGCCUGAGCCUCCUCAACCUGGCGGGGAACAAGCUGAACGUGCUGAAGGAUGGCCUGCUGACCCGGCAGCAGAGCCUGGAGGUGCUGCUUCUCAGCCACAACAACAUCUCGCUGAUCGAGACCGAGGCUCUGACGCCUCUACGCAGCCUGACUCUGCUGGGUCUCCAGGGCAACCAGCUGGAGCACCUCAAGUUCAAGACCUUCCUGAACCUCCAAACCACCAGCACCCACCUCCAGAUGUCCCUUAACCCCUGGACCUGUGACUGUGACCUGCAGCGGGUCUUCAGCAAGAUCCACCGCGUUCGACACCUGAAGGUGGAGGACUAUGCAGACAUCAUCUGUCACGCCCCUCCUCAGCUGGCCGGGGCCACCCUGGCCUCGAUGGACAGCCAGCUGUGCAUGGCUGAGACGGUCUCAGUGCUGGUCAUCACCAUCACUGUCAUGCUCGCUGUGAUUGGUGCUCUGGUCAAGGCAGAGCGCAACCGCAAGAACAAGCAAACUGUGAGUGACACCGACUCACAGACACAAGAAAAAUGAUGUUUAGGCUAUGAGAGUGUUUUGUGACUGUGGUGUACUCACUGCAUUGGAGACUGUUUGCCACACACCUCCUAUCACUUACAAUAUGUAUUUCCAUUUUGACCUGCCACCUGCAUCAAGUCUUCAGAAACCAUGGUCUGUAGAAUGGGACCUAGGUGAGGACUUGGGCUGUUUCUGAACAUCUGUGGACCUUGUUUAAAGCUUUUGUUUAGCUUGUGUCUGUAUCUGUGACCAUGCGGUGGCAAGGACUGACACUAUCAAUAUCAUCAGUCCCACAUUUUUAAAAUCCUCAUCACCACUUGACCUUAAAUCAAGCCCUGCCCAUGGUUCUCUCUUUUAUAAAAUUCUCCUUAAAUGCCUUGAGAACUGGUUGAGAUCUGAUCUCUGGGCUUUUUACUCAU